AAGGAAAAUCCUUUUCCCGUUAUUAACAUCCUUGUUGUCUGACUUUAAACAUCCACACUGCGGUCUGUGCUCAGUGUCAGCUUUCCAGCCAGACUCUCCUCACAUCCUCGUCUUCCUGCAAGACAUCGCAGCUAACAUCAUGAUGCGCUCAGUCCUCAGUGUCUGUGUGAUGUUUACUCUUCUACUACAAGGUUUGAAUGCACAGCUGCAAGUCCGGCUUGUGAAUGGAACUGCCCCGUGGAAUGGCGUCCUUGAGGUGUUGUUCGAAAGAACAUGGCGCACAGUCUGUAGAAAGAAGUUUAGGAAACAAGAUGCACAGGUGGUCUGCAGGAUGCUGGGCUUCAACACGUCGCAAGUUUAUACCGCGUCCCUAUAUAGGUACAGUAUGAACUUCAACAGGAUCAGGUUUGACAACCUGGGGUGUACAGGCAACGAGACCAGCUUAGAUAAGUGUAGUCAUAGAGUCCACACCUGCCGCUAUUUCUGGGCCUCCGGGUCCACUGUCAUUGGUAUCACCUGCAACUCACGAAACAUACAGGUGAGAUUGAGGACCAUGCAACCUAACAGACGUCAUGUACACAUAGACAUCGGAGUUGGUCGUUGGGGGCCAGUGUGUGUGUCGUCUAACAACACUGCCAGGGUCGUCUGUAGACAGCUCGGCUUACCAUGGCUUGGUGCCAGGACGUUUCUAGAUAAAUACUUUACGGUCCCUGGUGAUUUGUCAUCUUGCCUUGGCAAUGAGACUAGCAUCGCUGAGUGUCAGCAUGAGGUGUCUAUUGACGGAGACUGCCCGGAUUACAACAUCACUUGCACUGACUCUCUUGUCAACAUCAAUACAAACAGUAGCAGAUAUCCUUUAAUGGAGGAAAAAAAUGCUACUUUAAAGUGUGAGAGCAAUAGCGCGUCUGAUUAA